AUGGAAGACUUUGCACAGAAUCUGUCCAAAGAGGAGCAGCAGACAACACAGCAGCAGCAACCAGUGCAGCAGCAGCCACAGAGGGAAGACGCGCUCCGGCAACAGGCAGGCGGCGAGCAGCGACCGCAGAAGGAGCAGCAGCAGCUGCAGCAGCAGCAGCAGCAGCAGCUGACAGCAGCAGACGCUUCCUCUGUCGCACAGGCACUCGAGCCGGCGGGCGCGUGCACAAACAGCAGCCACGGCAGCAGCAGCAACAGCAGCAGCAGCAAUGCCAAUAGCAGCAGCAGCAACAACACCAGCAGCAAGGGCGCUGAGGAGCAGCAAGAUGAGGAGGAUGAAGAGGAGGACACUUCUUUUACAUUGACUGUACAGACACUUGAGAGGAGGCAGCUGAGGGUUACUGCAUUUCCAGACUGGACUGCACUGCAGCUAAAGGAGGCCCUAGCGCCGCAAGUGCGGUACCCGCCAGGGGAGCAGCGGCUCGUUGUUAGAGGUCAUGUGCUGAGGGACGAGGAGACACUGGAGUCCGUGGGGCUGCACAGCGAAGGGCCUGUUGUUCAUCUUGUGCGGAAUCCGCAGCGGCCAAGAAAUGCGGGUAUCCCCGGGGGCGCAACUGCAGCAGCAGCAGCAGCACUUUCGCCGCAGGAGCUGAUGAUGGAGCAGCUAGCCAGAUCGCCCCACAUGCAGCAGCUGCUGGGCAACAGCGACUUGAUGCAGGGGCUGCUGCAGUCGAGUCCGCUGCUCCAGGCGCUGCGGGAGCAAAACCCUGAAAUCAACAGUUUGCUUUCAGACCCCCAGCUCUUUCGCUUGGGCAUGGACGCCAUGAGGAAUCCUUCUCUGUUGAGAGAGAUGAUCCGGAACACUGACAGGGCUCUCGCAAACAUUGAAGCCGUGCCGGGGGGGUUCAACGCACUCACUCGCGUGUACCGCGGAGUCCAAGAGCCCAUGCACGAAGCAGCAAUGCAAAUUGCUGCAGGGCUGCAGGGAGAGGCGGGGAGGGAUGGGGCUCUUGGGCAGGCAGCAGGUGCUGCUGGGGAUGCAGCAGCAGAACGCACUGACACGGGGCCCUCGAAGGAGGCCUUGCCGAAUCCCUGGGCGCCGAGACGCCCCCAGCCACGUCAGCAGGUUCACCCGCAGCAGGCUGCACCUCAAGGCCAGCAGCAGCAGCAGCAGCAGCGGCCGCUGCAGCGACAGCAGGACACAACCGGAUUCCUUGAGGAGGCGCGGCGGCAGCUCCUGCAGCAGCAGCAGGCAGCGGGCGCGAUGCCUUCACAGCAGGCCCAGGCGCCCAGUGUCCCAAGCGUACAGGCAUCUAAUGCUGCUGCUGCAGCAGCAGCAGCAGCUGCUGCUGCCACUAUGUCUCAUGCAGCGCCAGGAGCUUCUGGGACGCAGGCACCGCUGUGGGGCUUCGGUGGACCCAGCGGGAUGGUUCAAGACUUUGAGAGGCUUAGUGUGGCGAGCCCCACAGCAACUGCUGCAGCAGCUGGGGCUGUGCAGCAACAGCAGGGUCAGCAGCAGCAGCAGCAGUACGCACACCAGCUCGCGUCGCUGAAUGCCAUGGGUUUCUCAAAUCAGGCAGAGUGUUUGUGGGCACUGCAGCAGACCGGAGGUAAUAUAAACAGAGCAAUUGACUUGUUGCUAGCUCGUCAUCAGUGA